GCAUAUAAUUGCAGUGCAAAUUGAGAUUCCAACGACUGUGAUGCUGUCGGAGUAGCGGAGGCUAGAUAACGAUGUCGCCGCCAUCUAUACGGUGCCACGGUGGUGCUGGUUACUCACAGGGAGGCGAGGAUGCAGAAACCCCUUCUCACAAAGAAAUCCCUUCGUACCAGUGCCGAACUAUUGUACAACACUGUAGUACUUAUUUUGGCCAAAAUUAGGCCGAACAUAUAUCAACAGAGCUUUCUCUCAAUUCUUUCUUCCUGGCCAAGACAAGCGAGACUGCUCUCCUGUUGAUUUUCGCACAUUAAUUAUAACCUAGCGAUCUCGUUUUUUUACUCGAUCGUUGUCCCUUCCUUCGUUUGGUGAAGGGUUUCCAUGGCUGCCCGAAGGUUAUACAGUGGAAUACAGUGUUUGAUGAAUUAUUACUAAGAAGAUGGAUCUAAUUCUAAAGAACAUUCCAAAUUAUCUUCAUCAGGAAUUCCUGCUUUCAACAUACAUGAAUACCUGAGAAUGACAAUCCGGACAAACAGUCAACUUAUUGACCAUGGAUCUGAGCAAUUCCAAAAGAAAGCAGAUUGCAGCUUAAUGAACAAGAGUCCCGCAGGAAAAGAACGGCAAGACCCGGAGUUGGAUUCGUAUAGUGCUCUAAAAGACAGUGCUACUUCUAGCCUGAAGGCUUCUCCUAGGCAUGACCUUGCCAUGAUCUAUACGUGUAAGGUAUGUGAAACAAGGUCUGUGAAGACUGUGUGCCGUGAAUCUUAUGAGAAAGGUGUGGUUGUGGUGCGUUGUGGUGGGUGCAACAACCUUCACCUAAUUGCAGACCUGCUGGGGUGGUUUGGACAGCCGGGGAGCAUAGAGGACCUCCUUGCUGCUCGUGGAGAGGAAGUGAAGAAGGGUUCAGUCGAUUCCUUAAGUCUUACCCUUGAAGAUUUGGCUGGAAAGAAACUUUGAAUAGACCAAACAGGCAGAAACAUUGAGGUGAAAAUAGAUGUUUUGGAAUGCUGGAGUUUAAUUUUCAUAUCAGUGG